AGCAAACGGGGGACGGUGGGGGAGGAGAGGCGAGGGGAAUAAAAAGCUCAGCAGGCCGUUAGAGGUGUGGGAACAGCACGGACAGAGACGACAGAGAAGACGCUCACACGUGGAGGAGGAAACAAGCGGGGCUUUACUUUUGGAGAGGAGAGGGUGGGGGGGAAAUACUGAAAUAACCCGAAGUCUUUAAGGAGCAGUUGGCUGCUGUCUUCGGGGAAGGCGGGUGGGGACACAACAAUGCUCCUGGAAGAGCCAAAUAGGUGACUGCUACAAACACCGGAGAGAAGCGCCUUUUGUUGUCUUCCGUCAUUAAUUAAGAAAAUAAAAGCGGCCCAGUAAAGUGGGCGCACGGAGGACCGAAGGGUCAUGGAAAACCCCUGGAGGACAAGGAGGAGGUGGACGACCCAGUCCGUGAGAUGGAAACUGUUGAGGAACUCGCUGCUACUUUGUUUAUUCACCGGUGGCAGUAAAGCCCAGUGUGAAGGCUGUAUAGAAUACUGCUGCGAUGGAUCGCCACCUUUCUGCUGCUCCUACUAUGCCUACGUGGGGGACGUCCUCUCGGGCACUGCCAUCUCCGGUAUCGUUUUCGGUGUGGUGUUCCUGAUGGGGGCGGUGGCGGCCUUGUUCCUGUGCGUGUGUAUGUGCAUGAAGAAUGGGCGAGGCGCACGGGUCGGCGUGUUCAGCACCUCCUACAUCAACACUGUGACCCAGGGCUACCCAGGUCCUCCGCCUCCGUACACAUAUGAUUAUGAGAUGUACCCUCCCUCGCUGCACCCCCCGCCUUACACCCCAACUCAGCCUCGGCCAGCCAACUACUCCCCCCCUCCGCCUUAUCCUGGCUGCACUCGCAAGUGAGUCCCUGCAGCACAGAUCAUCGACAGUCCAGCUCAAAGGAAACGCUCAUGGCCCGGUUUUCCAGUCCUGGACGUGGCUGUGCAUCUGUGGCAUCUAAAGCAGUGGGGAUAACAUCAGCAUAAGGAGCUCCCACAAAUGUGCAUAUUUUGUUAGAAUAAAGGGUGACCCAAUGCAAUAUUGUUCAGCAGGCCAGAAUUCCCAGCUAUGCACCUAAAGGGUGUAAAUGUCACUGCAUUCUUGCUGCUUUGCAAUCUGGACCAAAUGGUGGGUAAAUAAAUAACAAUUUAGCACAACGCCGAUCAAGAGAAUGCCGGAACACGCCCAAAGUUAACUGUUAGCAACCCUGCUAGCCUGCAGCUGGUACUUUUCCCCCGUUAAUAACCAGUAUCCUGACCGAUUCCCGGCUGUGCACAUCAAAGGCACCGCACCGCUUUGAUGAAGGUGAAGACCACUUUUGUCAGCAUGGAGGAGGACCUCACAUCACCGGAGGAGAAGAGUCUUUCCAGGACACAAUGUGUAGACUCUGCUUUUAUUGAAAGUUAUCUGCCCCACCCCACCCCUUCAUUUUUUUCAAUACUUGAUUUAUGUCGGUAACUGAUGUGGAGGUUGAUGAUUAAAGCUGUUUUAAACAAGUCAGGUCAGGACCUGUCAUGUGUAGACACAAAGACUUGAAUAGAAUGCAUAAUAAUUCUGCCCUAAUGAUGUGGACAACUUGAGAGGACUGUGAUCUUUUUAAUGAACUGGUUUUUAUUGCCUUACUUGAAAAAAAAAUGUGUGAAACUAAGCUGGGAGUCCUGUCCUGACAUUCAUUUGAACCAAAGUGGAUUCCAUUUUGUAAUGGAAAAAAUACAGUAAAUCAUUUUGCCUUCGUGAUAUUUGUGAACAUUACGAAGCAUUCAUCAUUUGAAUCGCAGCUGUAGGAUAACUAAGGUUUGUAAUCUAAAGUGGAUUGACCUCACUAUGCCAUGACUGAAGCCUGUGAUGGAUGACUGUGAAUAUUGGAAGGGAUUUUAAUUGUAUUAAUAAUAAUGUGUCAGGUUUAAAAGAAAUGUUUUCUUACUGUUUCAAUGGCUGUGUUGUAAAUUAAAUAAUGUGAUUAAAACGUUUCUGAAGUAUGAA